CGCUGUCGUAGUCGUUGACGUUGUUGUUGUGUCGACGUCGAGCCAACGGUGAGCAACGUCGCGCGAGAAAUUAAAAGAAAAUAAUAAAUAUUGAGCAAAGCAUUGACGUUGCGUGAGGUUCGCAUGCGAAAAAAAACAAUGCGCAAGAAUCGAGUGCAAACAAAAGUUGCGAAAACUAAUGGAACGCGAAAUGGAAACAUAAAUCGAAGAAACUAACGAAAUUACUAGCAGACAAGAAAAAAUUAAACGAGAAAAGUCAAACAAAUUGAAUCGACGACAAUAGCAGCAAAAGCAACAACAACAAAAGUGUGUGAAAUGGAAAAGGGGUGCUUCUUCUUCCGCUUCUGUUGUAGGUGUAGUUUAGUAGGAUAUUGCUUAAAUCGAAAAUUCGCUGACAGAUCAUCGUCGUAAAAUACGCGCGCGGCGUGGCAAAAACACACACACGAAAUAUAUAUUUUGGAAAAUUCAAUACAAAACGGCGCGAGAAUAACAACAACAAAAAGAAAGAAAGAGCGUACAUAAAGGCAAAGAAGGCAAAGCAGCUGUGUCUUUCAGUGUGUGCGUCUGUGUGUUUAUUUGUGCAUGUGUGUUUUUAUGUGAAGACAACAGAGAAAGAGCGAAUCAAAGCGAAUUACAAAGCAGCAGCAGCAACAAAAACAACGGCAACGGUAAUCCACGACAACAACAACAACUUCCUCUUUGGGCAUUUGCAAACGCAUUUACACACACUUACCUGAGUUACAACUACAAGCGCAUCAACUGCAGCAGCCAAAAGCAGCUGACACUAUCUCCCUCUCGCUCUGACGUCUUUCGCUGCUCUUGUACAAUUAAUGAACGCCUACGCUGACGUUGACGCCGCUGUCGCAGUCGUCGUCGUAUAAUGCAAAACGCCCAAAACAUAACGAGAGCAACAACAACAGGAACCAGAACAGAAAUUACCGUAACAACAACAACAACUUCCAGCCGCUUUCUUCUCAACUAGUCAAGACUCCAGACCCCCCUGCAGAGACAGCGACCUCGACAAACAUAUCCGUCGUAUUAAGUACAGUUUAUAAGGCUUAUACAGUAUAAUAUAAGAGUACAACAUGGAUUGGAUCAUCAGCGAUGAAUUGGACAUUAAGGUUAGCCAUGUUGUUGGCUGGGCGGCCGCCACCGCGAUGGUAGUUGGGGGCGUGAUUCCCUAUGUACCGCAGUACAUUGAAAUCAAGAAGACACAGGACGCCGAAGGCUUCUCGCUUUACGUCUGCCUAGCGCUGUUGGUGGCAAAUUCGCUGAGGAUACUCUUCUGGUUCUCCAGCCGCUAUGAGCUUCCAUUGCUGGUGCAGAGCGUUGUGAUGAAUGUGACCAUGUUCCUCAUGAUCCAUCUGUGCGUGAAGGUGAAGCGCAUGAAUGCAAACACACGAGAUCAUGCGCUUCGUGGUGACGAGUUGCAGUUGCCAAAAGUGAUGACGGACACGGAUACCGGCGCCUCUGUUUCAACGGAUGCAACUGUUCUGAAGCGAGCACGUUCCAGGCAUUAUUUGAAUGAUCUGGAUAUGAAAUACUUUUGGAACUGGACAGACUUCCAGUCCUAUCUGGACAUGAUGCUGGUCGUUUGGGCAGUUGGCGCUGCCGUCACAUAUCUCAUGCUGUCCGUGCACUGGUUCAUGGAGGCCAUGGGCUUCGUAGCCGUCUUCACAGAGGCCAUGCUGGGUGCACCGCAGUUUCUGCGCAACUUUAAGAAUAAAUCAACAUAUGGUAUGAGCAUACACAUGGUGAUUAUGUGGACGCUAGGUGAUAUGUUCAAGACUGGUUACUUUAUAGCACGCAAUGCGCCAUCACAAUUCUGGAUAUGCGGCACGCUGCAGGUCAGCUUGGACUUUGCGAUAUUGCUGCAAGUGUGGAUCUAUCGCAACAAUACGAAACAGCGCGAUAUACAUCGCGGCGAUUAGCAGUUUGCCCCCGAAGAACAACAACAGCAACAACAACACCAUGAAGAAGAUCAACAACAUCAGCAACACCAUAACGAACUGCACACCUCGCACUCCGAGGAGCGUCAGCUAUCGCAGCCCAUAACGCUGAGCAGCAGCGGCGACGAUCAUCUGUUGACAGCGCGUGCCGACGACGAACACUACAAGUCACUGGACUUUGGCCAGUGUCACGACAAUCGCGCUUUUCAGUAUCACAACCAUCACAACAACAACAACAACCAUAACCAUAACAAACUGUUGCCACGUCCCGGCGGCAGUGGCAAGAGUCAGAGUCGCCACGACAGUCCCAAUCCGACGGCGGCGGUGGCCGUUGCCCUCGACGCCCUCGAAGUGGUUAUUGUGCACAAAGCGAAUGUGCUGCCCAAUGGUCGACGCAGCAACAGCAGCAGCAAGGCAACCAUACACAAUCACAGUGGCUGCUGUCAUCGACGGAAGCGUCACAAUGCCACACAGACGUCGAUAGAGCGUUGCUGUUGCAUUCGCAGUUGUCACAGUUGUCAUCAUGUGACAACCACGCAUCAUCAUCAUCAUCAUUGCCAUCACCAUCAUUGCCAGCAUGAGCAUUAUGAGCGACGACAACAGCAGCAGCAGCAUCAUCAGCAACAGUUGCAGCUGCCGGAGCACAAACGCGUAGCAAAAAGCCGCAACCAUCACAACACAAAGUCUUCCCUGGACACGAGCGAGGAGCGACCGCAGCUGCAUUCGGCGGCCAUUGCCAUUGAGAUUGAUGCGGCCACCGUGACGGAGAACAACAGCAGCACAGCCACCUCGAAUUUCCCCUACAAGGUGGCCAGCGAAGGCGGCGGUGCGCCUAUGAAUCUGAUACCGCUGUGCGAACAGCAUCGUCAACGGCGACGCGGUUCGCUCAACUCCAAUACCACCAUCGAAACGGAUGAGUUGUCGCAAGACGACGAUGACGACGACGACGAUGAUGAUGAUGAUGAUGUGCGUUUGGGUCUGCAGCCCGAAGAUGAGGAGCAACUGACGCCGGCGCGUCACAACAGCAACACGUCCUCGAGCAGCACAACACGCGCCUUUGCGGGCGUCGUGCCGCCAGCGCGCAAUGAGUGCGUGCGCAUCAAACGCAAACGCUUCGAGCCCGAUGCCAUGCAUGACUAUUGCAGCAGUUGUUCGCGUUGCAGCAGCUGCAGCUGCGAUCACGAGGCACGCACAAGUUCGUGCAGCAGCCUGGACGAUGAGCUGAUGGCUGGCAAUCAUGAGCUAACCGUGGCUGCCGAUUGUCAUCGCUGCCAGGCUGUCAAGGAGCUGGGACAGCAGCAAAGUCGUCGCAGCAGUCUGAAGAGUUUUUGCUCUUGCCACACCGACAAUUGUUGCUGUGGCAGCGAUGCGGGCGACGAAGAAGGCGACGACGAUGAUGACGACGAUGAGACGACGGGAGCACGGGAAUCAUUCUGCACAGCAGCGGAUCAUACAAUUGUGAGCACACCCACUCUGGAUGAGGCACACAGCAGCACCUUGACGCCGUUGAGCACUCAGGAGCACACGAUGCGAAGCGAAAUAGAAGAUGAAGAUGAUGAGCGGUCGAUAACCGAUGCAGAUGCCUCAUCGCUUAGCCAAUCAGCCGAAUACUUUUCGCUGUCUUCGACAGCAGGUGCCGCAGCAGCAGUCGCGCCGCCAACAACAGUUGCUGUUGCAGAGCAGCCACAGGGCAGCAACAACAACAGCAGUAGCAGCAACAAAUCGAGCACGAAACGUUGGAGCAAGCAUAUACGUCUUAAGCGCAGCUCAUCGCCAAUGGAUUCGCAUUUAUGACGAAGUGUCUCGCUGGUCGCUUGGCCAGCCAUCGAUGUGAAUGCGCUGCUGCAGCAGACGAUACGCAAAACAGCCGUGUUGCAAGAGACGCCAGUGAAGCAACAGCAACAACAGCCUGCAGCAAUGCCUGCGGCACCAGGCAGCAAUGAUAGCUCCACCGCCACAUUAACGCCCAGCAUUAUAACGAUCGCCAAGCAACCGAUGACGCACACAGCGGUCACCAGUCACAAUGGCGUCACCAAUGUGACGACCACAUUGCCAGUGGCCAGUGUUAAAGGCAAACGCAACUCCAAAUUUGCCCCAGUUGGCGGCUGUGAUCCGCUGCAGCGACGCUCCACAGAGAUUAUACUUUAAAAACACACACAAACACAAUAAUCUAUUCAACUUCAUGGCAAAAACGAAAUUCAAAAACAUUGAGAGCUGUUUAUUUUUGUUGUUAUUCGGGGGUUUCCCCAACACACACAAUUGUAAAAAUUCUAUUAUGAUUUCCUUGUCAAAUUAUCUAGUAAAUAAUAAUUAGCCAUAAUUAUUCUUAUAUUUGCUACUACUAUAUAUAUACUAUCAUAUAUUUUUUUGUUGUGUAAUAUUAAUUUUAGUUACGUCGACUAUAUGAAUUUAAUGCUUCCGCGCUGCCAAAUGUUACUGCUGACCCUCGCAUUUUGCAUUGAUGAAGUCUAAAGCAAACUCUUCUCUCCCUCCCCUCGUUCACAACAACAUAUCCAUAUUGUAAUUGUACUAAUUGCAAAAGCUUGAUCAUGAAAUGUUUCGAGGGUUCAGCGUUCUUUGAAUGCGCCAUAGCUUUAUACAGACCUUGUUUCAAAUCAUUUCGUACAAUUUCUUAGUCAAUUCCUCUUUUAGCCAAGUAAGCGAAAAAAAAACAAAACAAAAAACAAAAAUGCAUGCAUAAUUAAAUGUAUAAAAAGAAAAUCCGUUAAUCUCGAUAUUACAAAAAAACAAAGAAAA